GUCCAAUGGGCGCCGGCAUAACUCCGAUGGUGCGCAGUAAGGACGCGGGCUAUUGGCUUGCUGGCAGAGGGCAGCAUGUCUGGGAAGGUGGACCCGGAGCUGGAGCGGUUCCUGCGGGAGGUGGAUGAGAUCACGGAUCUGGUUGAAGGAAUUAGGUCUGAUGAUCCUGCAAUACGAGACAAAGCUUUUCAGAAAGCAGACGAGAAGUUGGUGAAACAUUCUGAAGAAUCUGAGGUAGUGGAAGGAUGCAGAGUGAAGAUAAACCGGACACUGAUUAACAAAAACCCUUCCACUGAUGCACCACCCCAGAAUCCUAAUCUGCCAGGAAAAUAUGAAAUGCAAGGGAACAGGGAAAUGAGCCAAGAGAAUUUCUUAUCAAUUCUUGAGAGAGAUGCAGAAGAGAGAGGAAAAAGAAGAAAAGAAGGUCAAAGGCUGGCCAGCGCAUUAAAAGAGAAGGGGAAUGCAGCGUUUGAAAAGGAGGACUAUGUUGCUGCUGUGCAGUACUACACAGAAGGCCUGGAAAAACUUCGAGAUUUUCAAGCCCUGUACACCAACCGAGCACAGGCAUACAUCAAGCUAGGAAAAUAUGAAGAUGCAAUCAGUGAUUGUGAAUGGGCUUUGAAGUGCAAUGAGAAUUGUGUAAAGGCCUAUGUCCAUAUGGGAAAAGCCAAUUUAGGUUUAAAGAAGUAUGAGGAGGCUCGGCAGUGUUAUCAGAAGAUAAUCACGAUCGAUCCAAACCGGGAAAAGCUGGCUAAAGAAUACAUAAAUUUAUUGGAAUUAGCCCAAAAAAAGGAACAACAAGAGAAAAGAGUCAUGGAAGAAUUUGAACGGGGGAAUGUGAAUACAGCAACAGCACAUGAAGUGCUGAAGAAAUUAUCCAGUCCCAAUAAGAUCCCCUUCUUCUACCUUGGUGGUGUGAGGUUUCUGACUGAACUGAUGAAGGAGUGUACUGAGCAGACAUUAUUUAGAACAAAUGGUGGAUUUGGUGUUAUCAAUGACAAUGAGGUUAUAAGAAGGAGUCUUGUCAGCUCAGAGAAAGAACUAUGUGAGGUGGAACUUUGUGUUUCUGUCCUUGCGCUGUGGAAGGCCGUCUGUCAUGAAAAUGAGGAAAACCAACGAAUGCUUAUCACUUCUUCUGACACAAGUGAACUAUUACUGAGUCUGUUGUCAUGCAAGGAGAGUGAGAUCUAUAAGGAGUGCCUGGCUCUACUGUCCAUUUUCCUUUUGACUGAAUAUGGCAGAGGUCUACUGCUAUGUAAUCUCAAUUUAACGAGAUUGAUGAAGAUCUUGAUAGGAUUCGUGAAUUACUCUGAUGAAACCAGUGAUACUGCCAUGAAAAUCCUCACCAACUUAAUUCCAGAGAAAAAGUUUAGGAAACAUUGUCAGAAUGAUUUUGCAAUUCAUGUAAUACCAUCAUUUGAAAUCCUUCUGAAAAACUUAAAGUUGGCGAAUAAGCAGAUCCUUCCACAGUGCAUUUCAAUCAUAGGGAGCUUAGCAUCAGAUAAGACAACUUCAGGGCAAAUAGCAGGAAGAGAAGAAUUUUGGGAGUCUUGCCUAAUUUGCAUCGAUGAGGCUAUGAUAUCAAUUACCAUGGCAGAGUACAGGGAUGUCCUAUACACUCUUCUGGGCCUGAUGGUAAACCUAUCCAUAGAACAAUGCACUGCCAUCCAGAUAAAAACUCCAGCUAUUACAGAAAGGUGCAUCUCCUUACUUGCCAGUGUGGAUGGUGGGAUUCUAACUAGAGCAGCAGGGCUUCUGAGUCAUGUGCUCCCUCAGUCUGAUGAAGCAGUUGCAGGAGCAGUCAAAGCAGGAAUGGUGAAGAAGAUGCUCAAAUUUAUAAAAGCAGGUGGGAAGAUAACCACACGAUAUGCAGCAAAGAUCUUGGCAAUCUGCAGUAGUAGAAGUGAAGAAGCUCGAGGAGAGAUUGUCAGAAGUGAUAAAAAGUUCAAUGCUCUGAGGAAGCUGUUAUCUUUGGAUGAUGACCAAGUGGUGGGCAAUGCUGCUCUUUGCCUUUCGCACUGUUUUGAGAUCCCAGGAGCUGCUGCAUCUCUGCUCAAAACCGACAUCGUUAGAAUGUUGUUAAAGCAUGCUGGUGGUGAUGCAAAGGAAAACUCCCUCCAACAGAAUGCCGCAAUUGCUCUGGGUAAACUCUGCUUAGCAGAACCCAGGCAUAAGACUGAGCUCCGCGAGUUACAUGGACUGGAAAUUCUGAUGUCCUGCAUGAAGUACAUAAAGUGAGGAUGUAAUGGUACUAGGAAACAAGUGACUGUAGAAGCUGGAAUCCGGGGCAAAUAUUAAACUGCUGGAAGAACUCAGCAUGUCAAGCAGCAUCUAUGGUUAGUGCUUUGGGUCGAGACCCUAUACCAGGACUGAGUGUGGAGGGAAGAUAGCCGGUAUAUAGAAGUGAGACGGAGGGGUGGGAAAAGCUUAUAUACUGGCACCCUUCCCUCUAUACUCUCAGUCCUAAUACAGGACCUUGACCCGAAAUGUCGACUGUCCCCAUGGAAUGCUACCAGCUGUGGCUCGGGGAUUAUGUAAUCAACAGUCAUGCCUCUUGCAAAUAAUCUAAAGAGACUGGUACCUUUAUAGAUGUCUUAGACAAUUUAAAGACAAUACAUCAAUGCAACAACUUCUAAGAACUUUAAGCCUACUUUAUUUUUGAUAUAUUCUCAUCUCAUUUGUCAUAGUCUGGCUCUAUUCUUCAUUCUCAUCCCUCCCUGCAAAUGGGUUUAAUGAUACAUUGAAUUUGUUUGUGCUGUUCAUUUCAAUGAUCUUUCCUGGUAAUUUAAUUCCACAAAUCUGGCUAAAUGUUUAAUGCUAUUUUACCACGAAAGUUAAUCCCUUUAAAAUAAGAUUUAGGGUUGCAUCAGAAAAAAAAGAUUAUGCAUUCAGAAUCAGCAUGCUAGGAUUUAAAACACUGCUUGGAAGUAUUACCAAGUACUGAAGUCCAGAUUUGUACAGAUUAAUGGGCCUCCUACUGGUACUAAGUCCUCUACUCUCAGGAUUAAUACAGGAUUUUUUAAGAUUAUAAAACCACAGUAAGCUUCCAUCAGUCAUGUCGCUCAUGUGAAACUGAAUCUUUGCAGUUCUUAGCCUUUACAGAUUGGAAGACUUUUUGCAAACUUUAUCAUUUUUUGCUGAUCUCAAUUCAAAAAUUGAAAUAAUUCUUUAUAAGGUAUAACUGUUCAGACAAAGAAUUUGCUUUGUGUAACUAGCUAACUCACUAAAUAUUCUGAAACUGAUUUUAUUUCAGCUAUUAAAGGUAGUUUAUAUUUGCAAAAUAAAUAUAGCCUAUUGUUUAUGUUCAAAAAUACUACAGGUAUUAAAGUGUUCCGCUGUCUUUUAAGAAGUCAUCGCUGUUGUUAUGUAGGCGAACGUGACAAUUCUUUCUCCCUAGCAAAAUCUCAUAAACCAAACAAGGUAUUGAAUGACCGUUUAUUUUUGGUGAUGAUAAUCAAAGGAAUAUAGUUGGCUGGGACCACAAAAGCACUCAUUACUAUUUACAAGUAGUGCCUUUUAAGGUUUUUUUUCAUCUAUCUGAAUUGGCUGUGGUAUCGCAGGAUGUGAAGGGCUGCAACCUGGACAACUAACAUUCCCUCAGUACCACGCUGUCCCAGAGGUGAGUUGGCACAGAGCUUCAAUUAAGCAGCUCAGAAUAGAUCAGGAGUGUUCUUUAUCGUUUCCUGCUUGUAUAACCAAGUAAGUUAAGUGGAUGGUGUGUUCACAGCAGAAGAUACAGAAAUAAAGAUAAGUUGUUUUAAAGUCGGGUUGUCCUUGGUAGUAAAUAAGGAUCUGCCAAAUUAAAUCAAACCAUUUGUUGGUUGUCUGUAGGCUGUCUUGCUGCUGUUGUAUGUGAGCCCAACACUGAUUGCUGCAAUCAUCAUAUCAGUUUAUUCUCAGCAAAACACAAGGACCUUGAAUAUGCAAUUAUAGAAUUAUGUG